GUACCUUUAAAUUGACACUUCAAUUUUCAGAGGAUUAUCCAAAUAAGCCACCAACAGUGCGCUUUGUUUCUCGAAUGUUCCAUCCAAAUAUCUAUGCGGAUGGAAGUAUUUGUUUGGAUAUUCUACAAAAUCAGUGGAGUCCUAUCUAUGAUGUGGCUGCCAUACUUACCUCCAUCCAGUCAUUGCUCUGUGAUCCGAACCCAAACUCUCCGGCCAAUUCUGAAGCUGCACGAAUGUUUAGCGAGAACAAGCGGGAGUACAACAGGAGAGUACGGGAGAUUGUUGAGCAGAGUUGGACGGCUGACUGAUACCCCUUGUAGUAGGGUGCGAUUAAACA